AUGUCCAGCAGUCCUAUUGUCGUGGAAUUCUUUGAGGCUCGUUCCAGUGAUCCUAUUCCACCUUAUAAAACUUUUCUUUUUCUUUCUUUCUUUUUCUCUUUGAUCUCUCAUCUCUGUCUGUUAUCUCUCCUCUCUCUGUCUGUUAUCUCUCCUCUCUCUGUCUGUUAUCUCUCCUCUCUCUCUCUCUGUUAUCUCUUUUUUCUUCUUUUUCUCUUUUUUCUUCUUUUUCUCUUUUUUCUUCUUUUUCUCUUUUUUCUUCUUUUUCUCUUUUUUUUUUUUUCUUUUCUUCUUUUUUCUUUUUCUUUUUUUCUUUUUCUUUUUUCUUCUUUUUCUCUUUUUUCUUCUUUUUCUCUUUUUUCUUCUUUUUCUCUUUUUUCUUCUUUUUCUCUUUUUUCUUCUUUUUCUCUUUUUUCUUCUUUUUCUCUUUUUUCUUCUUUUUCUCUAACAUUAAAACAACCAGUGAGAAUUUAA